CUUGGAGUCUUCUGGAAACCCGGAUGUAACAAUAUAAGCAGUUGCCUGAGUGAGAGCAGGCAUGAGUUUGAGACACUGAACAAGAAGCCGACACAAGACGGAGUCUGCUGAGAUUCUUCAACAUCUUGGAGCGACACAGAACUUAUCUCUGAAAGACCUUUUAAAGGAGCAAGCAGGAUGUCUUCAGCGAAGGGAAUAUCCAUUGGCAUUGAUUUGGGAACCACCUAUUCUUGCGUGGCGGUUUUCCAACAUGGCAAAGUGGAGAUCAUCGCCAACGACCAGGGCAACAGGACAACUCCCAGCUAUGUGGCCUUUAGCGACACAGAGAGGCUCAUUGGAGAUGCUGCCAAGAACCAGGUCGCCAUGAACCCCACCAAUACAAUAUUUGAUGCCAAGCGACUAAUCGGAAGAAAGUUUAAUGACUCCAUCGUCCAGUCCGACAUGAAACUUUGGCCUUUCAAGGUGAUCGAUGAUAACGGAAAGCCCAAAGUUCAGGUGGAGUAUAAAGGUGAAACCAAAAACUUCUACCCCGAGGAAAUCUCGUCAAUGGUCUUGGUUAAAAUGAAGGAGAUAGCCGAGGCCUACCUGGGACAAAAGGUUUCAAAUGCAGUCAUCACAGUGCCAGCUUAUUUCAAUGAUUCUCAGAGGCAAGCCACUAAGGAUGCUGGAGUGAUCUCUGGUCUGAAUGUUCUGAGGAUCAUCAACGAGCCCACAGCAGCAGCGAUUGCCUACGGCUUGGAUAAAGGUAAAAGAGGAGAGCGCAACGUGCUCAUCUUUGAUCUCGGUGGAGGCACCUUCGACGUGUCCAUCCUGACCAUUGAAGAUGGCAUCUUUGAGGUAAAAGCCACUGCAGGAGACACACACCUUGGUGGAGAGGACUUUGACAAUCGGAUGGUCAGUCACUUCCUUGAGGAAUUUAAAAGAAAGUAUAAGAAAGACAUUAGCCAAAAUAAGAGAGCAGUUAGGAGACUGCGCACCGCUUGUGAGAGAGCGAAGAGGACCCUGUCCUCAAGCACCCAGGCCAGCAUUGAAAUCGACUCCCUGUUUGAGGGCAUCGACUUCUACACCUCCAUCACAAGGGCACGCUUUGAGGAGCUCAACUCAGAUCUCUUCAGGGGAACACUGGAGCCAGUGGAGAAAGCCCUACAAGAUUCUAAGAUGGAUAAGUCCAAGAUCCAUGAAAUCGUCCUGGUUGGUGGCUCCACAAGAAUUCCCAAAAUCCAGAAGUUCUUGCAAGAUUUCUUUAAUGGCCGAGAAUUGAACAAGAGUAUCAACCCAGAUGAAGCAGUGGCUUAUGGUGCAGCAGUCCAGGCUGCCAUCCUCAUGGGUGAUACUUCGGAGAACGUCCAAGAUCUGCUGCUGCUGGACGUGGCUCCCCUGUCUCUGGGUAUUGAGACUGUUGGUGGAGUCAUGACGCCGCUAAUCAAACGCAACACCACCAUUCCCAGCAAGCAAACCCAGAUCUUCUCCACCUACGCUGAUAACCAGCCUGGUGUGCUAAUUCAGGUGUAUGAGGGGGAGAGAGCCAUGACCAAGGACAAUAACCUCCUGGGCAAGUUUGAGCUCGCUGGUAUCCCUCCUGCCCCCCGAGGUGUACCACAGGUGGAGGUAACUUUCGACAUUGAUGCCAACGGUAUUCUGAACGUAUCUGCUGUCGACAAAAGCACCGGCAAAGAAAACAAAAUCACCAUCACCAAUGACAAGGGCCGCCUCAGCAAACAGGAGAUUGAGCAGAUGGUACAGGAUGCUGAUAAGUACAAGGCUGAAGACGACCUGAAGAGGGACACAAUUUCAUCAAGGAACUCACUGGAGUCUUACGUCUACAACAUGAAGAGCAGUGUCGAGGAUGACAGUACGAAAGGAAAGAUUCAGGAGGAGGAUAAAAAAGUUGUAAUUGACAAGUGCAACCAGACAAUUUCCUGGCUGGAGAACAACCAGCUGGCAGAGAAGGACGAGUAUGAGCACCAGCAGAAAGAACUAGAGAAGGUGUGCAAGCCCAUUGUGACAAAGCUGUACCAGGGAGCGGCACCACCACCAGGAUGCAGCAGCGGCCAUGCAGGAGACAACGCUCAGGGUCCCACUAUUGAAGAGGUGGACUAAUAUCAUGAAUGUCAGCAUUUUGUUUAAACGAAUAUGUUAACCUAGACGAAGUGUUUGUUUGCACAACUAUUGUUAAUUUAUUGUUAUUUUUUGCCAGUAAUGAUACAAAUAUUUUAUAUGGCUGAGAUGUUUGAACAUUAAAUUGCGAGUUUUCCUCCUAGUCAGCAAGCAGGUGUAGCUAAAAUUGACUUCACCAUUAUUAGCCCUCAAUCAACUGGCACUCAUUAUAGAUUUUUAUUGUGCUUCGUUCACUUUUCCCUCUUGUGUCCUCUCACAGCACAUUUUAAAUAAAGAUUUAUCUAAUACAAAUAUUUGUAAUGUAUUUUCAAAUAUAUUUUUUUUAUAAAUUUGCACCUAGAAUUGAGGACAAAUACCCUGCAGUCAGGGAUGUAAUGGUCCUGUUUUCUCAGAGCAGAAACCUCAGGUAGGAAUGAAACUUGAAUGCUUGUAUUGCACUACAUGUAUGAGACCUGAAAACAAGGUGUAGUAUUCAAAGCAGGAUCAAAGAGAGAUUCGGGGUCUCAGCAUCAGUCAUGGCUAUAAAAGACAGAAUUGGUGCCAUGUUGCACACUUUUAGUCAAAAAGCAGAGAAUAUAACUUUCCUCAUUUCCUACCGAGCUUUCAUUUACUCACUUAAAUCCCAGCAGAGCGGUGUCUCGCUGAAGAUUGUUUCUUGUAUAAAUAUUAGAAAAAGGGAGUAAAUAAGAAGUAAAUAGUGAGUAAAUAUACAUUGUUUCUGUUUAUUGCUUUUCUUAUGUGUGUUGUAUUUAUUGUGUUUUAUGUUUUUAUGUUUCAGAGCAAAUUCCUUGUAUGUGUAAACCUACUUGGCAAUAAAUACUUUCUGAUUCUGAUUCUGAUUACUGGAUAAUACUAUGAAUGUGCCUUUUUUAAUCAUUCACGGCAAUUAAAUUUCCAAAAUGACAUUCAAUAAAUGAACAUUCCUUGCUAACAUUUACUCACCAGUGCUACAAUUAAUGUCUUCUGUCCUCUGCUUCUGCUGUUAAGUGUCACUCUACUGUAAGAACUAUUAUCUUUAUGUUUGCCACAUUCCUGUCACUGUCUUAAUUUGAUCCUGUGGGGUCGCCUAAACAAAUAUUUAAUGUGAUCAAAAUGCACACGUGUCUACUAAGUAUGUAAAAGAAUGCAUUCAAUCAGCAAUAAAGCCAGUCCUUUAACAGUUA